AUGGACAAGGUACAACUACAGCAGACCAAGCGCGACGCUGCGCUGCAUUCACGCCGUCGUGAAGAGCUCGACACGCUCAAGAAAGAGCGUAAAGAGCGUGCGAAGAAUACUGUGACUGCCAAUUUCAGUGGUAAGCAGAAGAAACAGCAACUUCGUGCGCGCAAGCAGCGUCUGACCUCUCGAAGAGACGAGGAAGCGUCGCUGGAUUUGAAAAGUGCGCAAUACGAAGCGUUUUAUACGGAAAAACCACCAGCAAUUGAAGAAAAUGAAGAUGAAGAGACAGAAGCCGAAGCUUUUCGAGCUGAGCCGGACUUUUUUGCUCGGAAUAACGAUUUGGACAAUGAUCUCAGUGCUCGACUGAAGCUCACGGUUGCUCUCGGCAAGGACAAUAAAGAUGCAGUAGGAAAAGAGCUUUCGAGUUUUUUUGUAAAGGAAACAAAAGAACAGAUUCAAUUGCGACUUAUGGAGGGACAAAUGCCUUUGGAGCUGAAGAAGAGAGAGACACCGCUGCUCGCUGGAACCAGUGAACGUGAUCCGAUUCUAGAUCAUCCGAAACGACCCAAAUGGACGUAUAGGAUGUCUAAGGAAAAAGUGGACAACAAUGAGAGUCUCAUGUUUGACCAGUGGCUGACCAAGAUCCACGACAAAUAUGACAACGAGCACUUGAACCAUUUUGAGCACAAUUUGGAGGUGUGGCGGGAAUUGUGGCGCGUCACAGAGCGAGCAACGCACAUUGUGGUCGUGGCAGAUGUGCGGAACCCGUUGCUUCAUAUUCCUGCGUCCGUGUACGACCUUAUCACCAAAGAGCUGGAGAAGCCGAUGGUCGUGGUGCUCAAUAAAGUUGAUCUCGUCCCACCUGCUGUGGUUCAACUAUGGAAGCGCUAUCUGGCUGGACGGUUCCCUCUUGCUCAGCUUGUCUGCUUCUCGUCCCGCUCUAAGGCUGUGCAUGGUGAUAACGAUGUCAGCACUCGACGCCGUGUACUCAGCAAGAAGCUAGAGGUUGGAGACGCGUCAGCGAUUAAGGGCGCGGUGGAUAUUCUGGUGGCUUGUGGUAUUGACACUACAGAGGCACAACAGCUAGCUGAAGAACUGAAUACGAGCUUAAUGGAACACGAAAGCUUGCAGCAACAAUGCAAUGUGGUGCAAGAAAAAAUGACGAGCGGCAAGCGACGUAGUAGGCGCAAACAGAAGCCACGUGUUGGUAUCCGACAUGGUAGAGCGGGUAACGAUGGCUUGGCCACGCUCCAUGAAUGCCAGCAUUGCGGAGGCGACGAUGCUGUCGUCGCUUGCAUGUCAUGCGCAACUGGCGGGCGUCCAAGCAGUGCCGAUGCUAAUGUGAAGAACGAAGCGGAUGCUAUUGCUCGGGGAUAUUUGUUGUGUGCUCGGUGCGACCGUGAGGAGCAUACAGAGCUCAAAGGCCAUUUCCAGGUGCGUCUGCAGUCAGCAUCCGCUGCGAUGUCGACUGAUUCCGCCGUGGCUGGUAGCGCUGGAGCGCUUGGCCUGGCAAACAGACCAAAGGUGACCAUAGGUCUCAUUGGACAUCCAAACGUGGGCAAGUCUAGUGUAUUGAACGCAUUGGCCGGCAAGAAGAUUGUGAGCGUCUCGCAUACGCCAGGACACACAAAGAGACUUCAAAGUAUCAUGAUUGCUCCUGAAAUAUGUAUCUGUGAUUGUCCUGGCCUCGUAUUCCCGUUUGCUGGUGUGCCAAAGUAUCUCCAAGAGCUUAGUGGGCUGUAUCCGUACUCACAGAUUCGCGAGCCAUACUCAGCGGUACGCUUCCUGGCGGAGCAUGUUGUUUUGGAACAAUUUUUAGACCUGAAGCCUCGCACACAGGUUUUCGAUGGUCUAGAGGAAGAGCUUGAAUGGACGCCAUGGACUUUGUGUGAAGCGUACGCAGAAAAGAGGGGCUAUCGCACAGACCGCCGUGGUAGGCCUGAUCACCAGCGUGCUGGAUCGGAGCUGGUUCGCGAUACAACGGACGGUAUUUUACCACUGUUCUUUCUUCCUCCUGAUUACACUGGCAAGGACAUUACGCCAACGAGUCUCGCAAAGUACUGCGAGCAGGAGGAAAACGGGCUCAACAAUGAAGAGAAUGACGUUGGUGGCGAGGACAAAGACAGCUCAAAGGAAGUGGAAGUGGAGAAUUCCUCAACGGCACAGCCAGCAAGAAGUAAGAACCAACACGCAGGGCCUCAUAACGUUUUCAGCCUCCUGGACUCGGACUCAAGUGAUGAAGACGGUGACGAAGUCUAA